UGUCAUAUGUCAAAAUUGUAAAAUCGAAGAGAGCGACGUUUCCUGAAAGGGUCUUGUACCAAUUUCUAUUACGUAAAGGGUAGAAAAUUAGAAAAUAUACAUUAAAAAUGUCCCUUGUUUACGUACAAAAACGUUUCAUGAGCAGUGCUCUUCAAAAGUUCGUGUACAACAUGUCUGGGUUCAAUAAAUACGGUUUAAUGAGGGAUGAUAUUUUGGAUGAAUCCAGGAAGGAUGUACAGGAGGCACUCAAGAGAUUGGAUGAAAAAACCAUCGACGAAAGAAAUUAUCGUUUGAUCAGAGCUGCUCAGUUGUCCCUCCAGAAGAUUGUCCUGCCAAAAGAUCAAUGGACAAAGUUUGAAGAAGAUAAAAUGUACCUCACACCACUUAUCAAACAGAUCCGAAAAGAAUGGGAGGAGAUGGAGGAAUGGAACAAGAAAUACUAAUUGAAUAAAUAGGUAGUACGAUGUAAAUAAAUUCUAGGAUUCUGAUUAAAUAUUAGAUCACUAAAAAAA